AUGGUUGUCCUCAAGAGCUUCGUGCUCGGCGCCCUGGCAGCCACCGUUGCCGCCAAGUCCGCCGUGCUUGACCUUAUCCCCUCCAACUUUGACGAUGUCGUCCUCAAGUCCGGCAAGCCCACUCUCGUCGAGUUCUUCGCCCCCUGGUGCGGCCACUGCAAGAACCUUGCUCCCGUUUACGAGGAGCUCGCCAGCGCCUUCGAGUCCUCCAAGGACGUCCAGAUCGCCAAGGUGGACGCCGACGCCGAGCGUGACCUAGGCAAGAGAUUCGGCAUCCAGGGAUUCCCUACGCUCAAGUGGUUCGAUGGCAAGAGCGAUAAGCCCACUGACUACAAGGGAGGUCGUGACCUCGAGGCCCUGAGCGCCUUCAUCACGGAGAAGACUAGCGCCAAGCCCCGCAAGAAGUACACACCGCCCAGCGCUGUCAACAUGCUCUCCGAUGAGUCCUUCAAGGCCACCGUUGGCGGCGACAAGGACGUUCUCGUUGCCUUCACUGCUCCUUGGUGUGGACACUGCAAGACCCUCGCCCCUAUCUGGGAGACCGUUGCCCAGGACUUUUCUCUUGACGAUGGUGUCGUGAUCGCAAAGGUCGACGCCGAGGCCGAGAACAGCAAGGGCACCGCCGCCGCUGAAGGCGUCUCUUCCUACCCGACCAUCAAGUUCUUCCCCAAGGGUUCCAAGGAGGGCGAGCUCUACACCGGCGGCCGCAGCGAGGUUGACUUCGUUGAUUUCAUCAACGAGAAGGCCGGUACCAACCGCAGCCCCGGCGGUGGCCUCAACGCUGUCGCUGGUACCAUCGCCGCCCUCGACAAGAUCGUCGCCAAGUACACUGGAGGCACCAGCCUCUCCGACGCUGCCGCCGAGGCCAAGAAGGAGGCCGAGACCCUCAAGGAGCAGGCCCAGUACAAGUACGCCGAGUACUACGUCCGCGUCUUCGACAAGCUCAACAAGAGCGACGGCUACGCUCAGAAGGAGCUCGCCCGCCUGGAAGGCAUCCUCACCAAGGGUGGCCUCGCCCCGGCCAAGCGUGAUGAGAUCACCAGCAAGACCAACGUUCUCCGCAAGUUCCUCCAGAAGGUCGAGGAGAAGGUCACCGGCGAGAAGGAGGAGUUGUAG